ACACACACACACACACACACAAUUUCAGCUCAGCCAUGGCUCCCUGGUAGAUGCUCAGAGCGGCUGUUGUCGGAGCAAAUUAAAUCUGCACUCGCUCGUUGCUUUCCUCCUGACCUUGCCUGCCUCUGGUUGGGUUUUCAAUAUUUUAUUCAGGAUUCCUGUGCUGUCUCCCCAUGGCUACAUCGGAUGGACUAGACGGCUGUCUGCAACGAUGCAGAUCUCAAAGUGACCCCAACAUACUCACCGAACCGGGCAUCGAUUUGGCUCAUGGCACAGUAGAGUUGGUGGACCAGCAGAGGGUGCUGAGGACCGGUUGCCUGGUGAGCGGUGUCCACACUCCACCCAUCCGACGUAACAGCAAGCUGGCCACCCUGGGGCGCAUCUUCAAGCCCUGGAAGUGGAGGAAAAAGAAAAAUGAGAAGCUAAAGCAGAGUUCCACAGAUGUAGCAUUAUCCAGCAAUCUUCUAUGCCACGGUGCAAACUCCCCCACCCAGGGCUGCUGCUCAGACGGUGCAGUCCUGGUUGGAGGAUUCGGGGGGUCUUUGACUUCAAACCUCACAGGCAGCAGUGUGGAAUACCUCUGUCCUGAGGAGGAUCUUCCCCCACCAGCAGCUGCCCCUCCUCAGGACUGUGACCGGGUGGAGGAGAAUGUACUACUACCAGAGGAGGACGGAGGCGAGGAGGUGCACCCUGACGGGGAUUUACCUGAGGGGCUGCAGGACGCGGGCGAGCAGUCGGAGGAAAGACCAGAGGAAGACAUUAUUUCAGGAACGUCCCCGCCACAAGUACCUCCAAAACCUUUGCCCCCGCUGAGCAUUGGAGAUGAUUCAGGCCCUGUGUCGCUCCCCACUCAUCUGCCCAACUCCUACCUCCCCAAAGAGCCUCCACCCAGGGCCACAGAAAGCAUGGUUUCAAUGACCCUGCCGCUACGAGGGCACCUGGCCAACACCUCAGGGUCCCCACAUUUAGGCAAUAUGAUGCACCCUCCUAUGCCCCCUAGCUGCAUUAUGGAGGAACUGCAGAGAGCAUUCGCUUCCAAGAACAGACAGGACAGGCUUCCGAGAAAAACUAAGUUUCCUUCAAGUAUUCAAGGCAACACAGGUGUCCAUGAAGGGUGUGAGCAGGCCUCACCCCCGAGGCUGUGGUGUUCAGACGGACGGCUCUCUCGCUCCUGCAGCUCUGAGAACCAACACACAUUAUCUUUUGGGGGCAUCUGUGUGGGAGGUGGAGGGUCCGACUGGCCCAAGAAGGAGGCGGAGGAGAAUAAGGAGAACAUGCGGCUGGACCAGUGCUUCUCCAACACCUCAGGCCUCCCCAACGACUUGGAAGGCUGGAAUGACUCGGUCAUCUCUGGCACACUUCCUCGCAGGCUAAGGAAGGAGUUACUUGCUGUCAAACUACGAAACAGGCCGAGCAAGCAGGAGCUGGAAGACAGGAAUAUCUUCCCAGUCAGGAGCGACCAGGAGCGCCAGGAGAUCCGCCAGCAGAUUGAGAUGAAACUUGCCAAGAGGCUGAGCCAGAGACCGAAUGUGGAGGAGCUGGAGGGUCGAAACAUCCUGAAACAGAGAAAUGACCAGACAGAGCAAGAGGAGAGGAGGGAGAUCAAACAGAGGCUAAACAGAAAGGUACAACAUUGUAUAUUUUCCAUAUAUUUCCACAUCUGUCAGCUUUCUAUAAAUGUUUGUCCAAUUUCUUGUGUGCUCCAGCUCAACCAGCGGCCCACAGUAGACGAACUACGAGACAGAAAGAUUCUGAUCCGCUUCAGUGACUAUGUGGAGGUGGCCAAAGCUCAGGACUAUGACAGGAGAGCAGACAAGCCCUGGACUCGGCUCUCGGCAGCAGACAAGGCUGCAAUCCGAAAGGAGCUCAACGAGUUCAAAAGCACCGAGAUGGAAGUGCAUGCCUCAAGCAAACACCUAACGAGGUUCCACCGGCCAUGAACGCGAGGACUUUCUUCUGUGAAGAAAUGCUGAGCUUGGACAUUUUCUGGACAGUUCAAAGAGCCUGGAGCCUUUUUGUCUUCAGCGUUUCUUUAACAUUCUUCCAGCACCCUUGACUAUCAUAUCGUCUGUAUGAGGGCACGGGUGUGGGAGAGAAGAUGACGGUAAUGUUUGCGGCAGUGUGUCCUGGAGACUACUGAAUGUCGCCACAUGGAAGCUGGCUGGUGGAAGACGUCUCUGCUGGAGCCUCUGACUCUCAGGAUGAGAGC